AAAGCUCGGAGGGACCAGAAAGCAGCACAGCGAAGCCCAAGUUGCCGAGCGAGCGGAGCGCUCCCGCGGCCCCGGAGCCCGAGUGGCCGCCGUGCCCGGGAGCCCGGCCCGGCCCCGCCCGCUGGGGCCCCCUCGGGCCCAGGCCUCCAGGAGGGGGGCGGGGACGCCCAACUUGGGGCGCGGCGCAGCCCCGCUCUCCCGAGAUCGCGGAGCCCGGGAGCGCCACGGCUGCGGCCAGACGGCGGGAGCGGACCGCGGAGACAGGAGGCAGCUGGCGGCUCCCGAGCUGCUGCCCGGGCCUCUGCAAGAGCGCAAAUUAUUUUCAAAGGACUCAAACUUUCCUCCUUCCCCUGCUUGCUGCGGUCCCUCUUGCUUUGGAAUCGUUCUCCGGAAUCCCGCGGGGGCUCUGGGACGCGCUCGCCUCCCCCGGAUUCCUCGGCGGCGGCUCCGCCAACUUCGUGGACCCGGGGACCCGGAGCGCUCGCUCGGCGGCCGAAUUCAGUCCUCGCUGCUCCCGCGCUCGACAGGACCGGGACCCGGGGAGACCUCGUCUCCGAGAAGGGCGCCUAGCCCUGAUCCCUUGGGUCGGGCUGCCAAGCCCUCCGCACCCACUGCAGAACUGGAGCCAGCGGAUUAACCUCCCGGCCUGGCUCCACGGUGGGGCGUCCCCUGGGCGGGGAACGACAAGUUUGUCAGGCAUCGGUGGCCUGUUGGAUUGGAGCUCGGCCACCGCAGCAGAGAGGUCCCCUGCGCUCAGCACCUUCGGCAGACAGCCCUGGGGACUCAAGGCUACUAGGUGGCCGAGCUUUCUGGGCCAGGGAGCUGGCUGCUGCGCCUGGUGCACAGAGGCACCAGGGUCUGGGCCAGCGCCCCCAGCGACCCAACCCGGGCAGCCGCCCUGUGGGAAAAAGACAGAGCCAGUCGCCGCCUGCUCGGACUCCUUCUCUCGGUCGUCUCGCUCUCUGUCGCGUCUCAGGGAAAAGGAGGGAAGGCAGAGGGCAUCGCGGUGCCCCGGCGGAUGCGCCCCCCGCUGCCUCUCAGGCUGCGCCGCCUCGCGGGGAUGAAGCACUGGCCGUGAAGAUGGAGGUGACCUGCCUUCUACUUCUGGCGCUGAUCCCCUUCCACUGUCGGGGACAAGGAGUCUACGCUCCAGCCCAGGCCCAGAUCGUGCACGCAGGGCAGGCCUGUGUGGUGAAGGAGGAUAAUAUCAGCGAGCGAGUCUACACCAUCCGGGAGAGCGACACCCUGGUGCUGCAAUGCCUGGUCACUGGGCACCCUCGGCCCCAGGUGCGGUGGACCAAGACGGCUGGCAGCGCGUCGGACAAGUUCCAGGAGACGUCGGUGUUCAACGAGACGCUGAGGAUCGAGCGCAUCGCCCGCACACAGGGCGGCCGCUACUACUGCAAGGCGGAGAACGGAGUGGGCGUGCCGGCCAUCAAGUCCAUCCGUGUGGACGUGCAGUACUUAGAUGAGCCCGUGCUGACGGUGCACCAGACAGUGAGCGACGUCAGAGGCAACUUCUACCAGGAGAAGACGGUGUUCCUACGCUGCACUGUCAGCUCCAACCCACCCGCCCGCUUUAUCUGGAAGAGGGGCUCCGACACCCUGUCCCACAGCCAGGACAAUGGGGUUGACAUCUACGAGCCUCUCUACACCCAGGGGGAGACAAAGGUCUUGAAGCUGAAGAACCUGCGGCCCCAGGAUUACGCCAGCUACACCUGCCAGGUGUCCGUGCGCAAUGUGUGUGGCAUCCCAGACAAGGCCAUCACCUUCCAGCUCACCAACACCACAGCACCGCCAGCCUUGAAGCUGUCUGUGAACGAGACUCUGGUGGUGAACCCUGGGGACAAUGUGACAGUGCAGUGUCUACUGACAGGCGGCGAUCCCCUCCCCCAGCUGCACUGGUCCCACGGACCUGGCCCACUGCCCCUGGGUGCUCUGGCUCAGGGUGGCACCCUCAGCAUCCCUUCAGUGCAGGCCCGGGACUCUGGCUACUACAACUGCACAGCCACCAACAAUGUAGGCAACCCAGCCAAGAAGACCGUCAACCUGCUGGUGCGAUCCUUGAAGAAUGCCACAUUCCAGAUCACCCCUGAUGUGAUCAAAGAGAGCGAGAACAUUCAACUCGGCCAGGACCUGAAGCUAUCUUGCCACGUGGAUGCGGUGCCCCAGGAGAAGGUCACCUACCAGUGGUUCAAAAAUGGCAAGCCGGCACGCAUGUCCAAGCGACUGCUGGUGACCCGAAAUGACCCUGAGCUGCCAGCCAUCACCAGCAGCCUGGAGCUCAUUGACCUGCACUUUAGUGACUACGGCACUUACUUGUGCAUGGCGUCCUUCCCGGGAUCACCGGUGCCUGACCUCAGCAUUGAGGUCAACAUCUCCUCUGAGACAGUGCCGCCCACCAUCAGUGUGCCCAAGGGCCGCUCGGUAGUGACCGUGCGCGAGGGCUCUCCUGCCGAGCUCCAGUGUGAAGUGCGGGGCAAGCCCCGGCCGCCAGUGCUGUGGUCUCGCGUGGACAAAGAGGUCGUCCUGCUGCCCUCAGGGCUGGCCCUGGAAGAGACUCCGGAUGGGAAGCUGCGACUGGAGCGCGUGAGCCGUGACAUGAGCGGCACCUACCGCUGCCAGACAGCUCGCUACAAUGGCUUCAACAUACGAUCCCGGGAGGCUCAGGUGCAGCUGACAGUGCACUUCCCACCAGAGGUGGAGCCCAGUUCCCAGGACGUGCGCCAGGCCCUGGGCCGGCCGGUGCUCCUGCGCUGCACGCUCCUGCGUGGCAGCCCCCAACGCAUCGCCUCGGCCGUGUGGCGCUUCAAAGGACAGCUGCUGCCCCCUCCACCUGUUGUCCCCGCCGCCACCGAGGCCACCGAUCACGCCGAGCUGCGCCUGGACGCCCUGACCCGUGACAGCAGCGGCAGCUACGAGUGCAGCGUCUCCAACGACGUGGGCUCAGCCACCUGCCUCUUCCAGGUCUCCGCCAAAGCCUACAGCCCGGAGUUUUACUUCGACACCCCCAACCCCACCCGCAGCCACAAGCUGUCCAAGAACUACUCCUACGUGCUACAGUGGACGCAGAGGGAGCCAGACGCUGUGGACCCCGUGCUCAACUACAGACUCAGCAUCCGCCAGUUGAACCAGCACAAUGCCAUGGUCAAGGCCAUCCCUGUGCGGCACGUGGAGAAGGGGCAGCUGCUAGAGUACAUCCUGACUGAUCUUCGUGUGCCCCACAGCUAUGAGAUCCGCCUCACACCCUACACCACCUUCGGGGCUGGUGACAUGGCUUCCCGAAUCAUCCACUACACAGAGCCCAUCAACUCGCCCAACCUAUCAGACAACACCUGCCACUUUGAGGAUGAGAAGAUCUGUGGUUACACUCAGGACCUGACAGACAACUUUGACUGGACGCGGCAGAAUGCUCUUACCCAGAACCCCAAGCGCUCUCCCAAUACCGGUCCCCCUACUGACAUCAGCGGCACCCCUGAAGGCUAUUACAUGUUCAUCGAGACAUCCAGGCCCCGGGAGCUGGGGGAUCGUGCCAGGUUGGUGAGUCCCCUGUACAACGCCAGCGCCAAGUUCUACUGUGUCUCUUUUUUCUACCACAUGUAUGGGAAACACAUCGGCUCUCUCAACCUUCUAGUGCGGUCCAGGAACAAAGGAGCUCUAGAUACACAUGCCUGGUCCCUCAGUGGCAACAAGGGCAACGUGUGGCAGCAGGCCCAUGUGCCCAUCAACCCCAGUGGGCCCUUCCAGAUUAUUUUUGAGGGGGUUCGAGGCUCGGGCUACCUGGGGGAUAUUGCCAUAGAUGAUGUCACUCUGAAGAAGGGAGAGUGCCCCCGGAGGCAGAUGGAUCCCAAUAAAGUGGUGGUAAUGCCAGGCAACGGAGCCCCCGGCCUGCCCAGCCUGCAGCUUUGGAGACCCCUGGCUAUCUUCCUCUUGGCAUUGCAGAGAUGAUGAGAGCUGUCUGGCCCCCACCUCACCCCGCCCCGGCACACCAAAGUGUCCACAUCGUACCAAAGACUGACCCCUGCCAGCCGGGGUGCCCAGGGGCGGGGCCGGCAGGGAGGGGGCUUUCAUUGGCUACAAGGAUGAGCGGAGAACACGGACAGUGGCCAGGCCAGGCUCUGAUGGUUGUUCAACACACGCACACACUCACACACUCACGCUCACACACACAGAUAUAUUAAAGCACAAGUUUUUAGCCAACCUGCCAGCACCUUCUUUACUAUUGGAGACAAGGGACUUAGCCAAACAACGUCCGACACCUCCAAGGACCUCGGUGCGACACUGGCCUCAUCCUGGCUGCACUACACUGUUUCUGACCUUGCCCCGUCCCCCGAUUCAAGGCCGAACUCCAGCCCAGAGCCUUGGCAGAGGGGGCCAGGUGUGGGCAGACCCAUCAGGUUUGUGUGUCUGGAGGUCACAGGGCUCACAGGCAGGCCAGGCGGGACUCUGUGAGCUCUCUGUCCCUCGUUCUGCACCUGCUGCAGGCAACUGUCCCCAGAGUGUGGCGACAGGCUGGAUGGUUGAGGCACCGGUCAACUCAAAUCCCCUUGCCUGUCCCUGAGAUGUCAUAUUCCCCUCCCCACUGUGCCCACUUGGAAGGGACCCCACCACAGGACUUAGGGGUGGGCAGAGUGAGGACAGCUCCCCCAUCCUUCCCCAGUUCAGAUGGUCCCAGCUUGGGACUUCCGGGGAAGCUGGUGAUACGAAAAGUGUCCAUGUCAGUUUCCUGGGUGGGGCUUGGCUUUGAGAGGAACAGAGUCCCCUUCUGUGAUUCCAUGUUCCCACAGAGAACAGUGAACUCAUAAACAGAGUGGGGCCCCUGUUUCUUAGGUAUAUAGUCUCCCGGGGGGUAGGUCUGGAAGGAGGGGGCCGGGGAGAGGACAGAACGCUGUCCAGUCAGCUGUGGAGCAAGGGGGUGAUGGAUGGAGGUGGCUGUGUCUCCUUGUUCCCUGUGAGCUGGGAAGAGCACUUUGUCCUUGGAACUUGAAAUUGAUGGGAUAGGAUCUAGAACUUUCCUCUUUGGUUCCCUUUACCCCUUACCCAGUUUCUAUGGGAGAGAGGAAUCCUAGCCCUUUCUGCAAUGAGUCUAUGAACCCGUGCAUGUGAUGUGACUGUGCGUCUGUGUCCAAGUGUGUCUGUAUGUGUGUCUCUGCGUGUGUAAGAGUGCGUGUGCCCAUCCGUGUCUGUGUAGCACUGUGCACAUCUCUGGACAGGCGUGUACAGGAAUAUGGGGCUGGGUUCAAGCCCAGUCUCUGUGGGUGACUGACAGUGCAUUUUUCAUCUUAAUGACGCGGUGUGUUUGUGGGUGCUGUCCCUAUUUGCAAUCUCAGACUGCCUGCUCCAGCCUAAAUCUUGCAUCUCCUGUGGUGACAAAGGACUUAGAGACAACCCUAUUGAAGGCUAGCCCCUUGCCUGGAGGCACAGCACAGGGCUCUUCCUUGUGCAUUCUGGGGGGACAGUUGCAGAGAAGAGGCUGGAAAUCCCCGCCCCUGCCUCCCAGCAGCACCAUGGCACCAGGACGCACACUGAGGAUCAGGACCCUUGCUGCCCAGCCCCCAACUCCACCUAGCCUGUGUCCCCGUCAUCAGCAUCAUCAUGGCUGAUGGGUUGCCAGGCCAGGCUACAGCUGUACCUUCUGGUACCCGAGCAGCAUGUCUACCUUCCUGGCCCCUUCAAGGCCUCUGUCUGAAGUGAGUUGCUCUGGCUUCCAGAACACGCUUCCAUGGCAUCUGCCUGGUAUUGCUCCUUAAUUGUCCCAUCUGUGCAGAGUCUGUUGCCCCUAUCUAGACUGUGAGCCCCUCCCCCUCUGAGCCCCUCCUCCAUUCUUGCUGGUGUAAGGGAGACUAGGGUGGAAACCAGGUGGAAUGGAUCCCACAAACCAGUGGUCCCUGGCCCUGGCUUUAGAACUGACCUCCAGGGUCUUUUAAAAGUACAAGUGCUUGGGCCUCAGCCCGGGGGUGGGGGUGUGAUUCAAUGGUGUCGGAAUGCAGCCUGGCAUUAGGAACAUUGAGAAGUAUCUUAGCAUAACCUGAGACGGGAAGCUAGGAUCCUCUCAACUCCAGGGCCAUCCUGGAGAACAGCUCCACUCCUUCCUCCUUGAGGUUCCCACCCCACCCUAAGCCUGCUCCCCCACAUCUACCCAUUGUCCUGACUGCUCUAUAUCUCAGAGCCGGGACACAUGAAUGUGUAGUAUGCAUUCCCAUAUUCCAGAAUCUUCCCUGUGGUGGGAGCAGCCAUGUCUGAGGGUGUGUGGCCUGAGAUUACAAAGCCUGUCUGCUAAGAAACCUACCCUCUUGUGCAAGUGGGUAAGGCUGGGGUGUGCACAUCUGUGUGAGCCGUGGCGUGGUGUCAGGUGUGUGUGUAUUGAAGGCUGAGUGCCGAAGUGUAACUGUAGGGUAGGAGCUUUGUGCACGUCGUGGUGGCUGUGAGUCUGCUUUCCUGUAUGUCCUAUGGGUCAGUGUUGGGAUAGUGACCACCCCAGGAGACCAGGCUGACGGGAUCUAGCUUAUCUCUUCAGUGGCAGCAUCACCCUCUGUGUUGAGGGAACUGAGGAAAGUUGUGGCCUUAAAACAAGGAUCCCAGAGUCAUUUCUCAGGGGUCUGGAGCCCUUUUACCCCAGCUUCUGCAGAUUAGUAUCUGGGGGAGAAAGGGAUAAGGGACUGAAUAGCAACCGAUGGGGAGUCUCAGCUUGACCACCCUGCCCCUGGGACCACACCACAGGCAAGCUCCUGGGGUGCGGGGAUACACCAUUCACCCGAAGACCAAGCCUGCUCCUCCUGGCACAUUCCUCCCCUCGGUCCUUUCUCGUUCACUCUCUUUCUCCUGUUCUCUGAGAGUACCUGUUCAGACUAGCAGAGCCAGGGUGAGCCUCAGACAAGCCGGUCUUUCAUGGCACAAAUGCAGAAGCUGGAACAGAGAGGGCAGGGAUGGCACAAGCCUUGAAAGCCUAGUGCUGCAGCCCUGGGGACAUUGUCCCACUGGCCUCUGCUCCUGGGAGCCUCUUACCUGACUGACUAGCUACAGGAGACUGAGCGGAACGGACCCUUCUCUGGGUGCCUUCGGUGCUGCUGGGCCUGUCACACAUGCGACAGGUGUCAUGAGGAUUUUUGAAGCGAGAAACCAUCUCCCUGUCCUGUUCUGGCCUCUUCUCCCAGGCCAUAGUCACUCCCAGCCUGUGGACAGCACGGGUACCACAUGGAAGCUGUCAUUCUCUGUCAACAUUGGCUGCAGCCACUGCUCCUCCCACAGGCUCCAGACAGAGGAGACUCUGUUUCCCCACUGCCCGCUGCUGUCAGCACAGGAGGCUGGGCUGGCAGCCAAGGCUGGCAGAUGCCAGUGUCCUCAUCCUCCUGAUGUCCUCCCCAGGACCAGGAAGGCUGCGGAGGAUGUGCAGUCAGUAUCCUUGGGUUUUCCUCUGCUUGGACAGCUCCAUGGGGCAGGAAGGGUGGGUUUCCAGGGAAUAGCCUAAGAGUGUGAAGCAUGAACCUGUACUAGAGAGUUCCUAUGGGGUACUGGCUGAGCUUAGAUUUUGGCUGCAUUCUGUCCUGUCAGUGCUGUGUGUGUGUGUGUGUGUGUGUGUGUGUGUGUGUGUG